CUGUGAACGGGGCUUAAGAAGCGAUACAAAGCGGAACAGUUCAAAAGAAGAAGAAGAAGAAGAAGCCCGAGACCCAGACCCAGACCCGAGAUCAGCUGUUCCCACCCGGGCACCCACCCGGCGCCGCCCUCAGCUACCCUGCCACGCCCACGCCUCACCACGAUGAACUACUCCAGGUUUUUGACGCAGCUGUCUCAAAACCGCCAGCCAUCAGUCAUUCGAGAAAUGACCAACCUGCUCACGCAAGCCUCCCCUGACCUGGUGUUCAUGGCCGGAGGUCUUCCCAACGCAAAGUUGUUCCCAUUCCAAGCAGCAUCCAUUACACUGAAGGAUGGCCAUGCCCUCACUAUUCACCCCAAGCUGAUGACAGACUGCCUCCAAUAUGGCCCAACCCCAGGUUACCCACCAUUGGUCAAGCAACUCAAGUCCCUCACUGAACGGCUCCACUCACCCCCAUGCUGGGCUGACUCAGACCUCAUUGUCACAGCUGGCAGCCAGGAUGGGCUGUGCAAGGCCCUGGAAAUGAUGGUGUCUCCUGGAGACUAUGUUGUCACCCAGGAGCCCUGCUACACCGGCACACUCUCCAUACUGAAUCCAUACAAGCCCAAGUAUGUACCUGUGGCUGGAGACCAAGAAGGAAUGAUCCCAGAAGCCUUGAAGACGGCUCUUUCACAGUGGGAGGCGGGGAAAGUCAGAGAAGCAGAGGAGGAUGUCCCAAAGGUGUUAUAUGUGAACCCGAAUGCCUGCAACCCCUCCGGUGUGUCACUGCCAGAGGCGAGGCGCCGGGAGAUCUACAAAAUUGCAUCUGACUACAAUCUCAUCAUUUUGGAGGACGACCCUUACUACUUUGUGCAGUUUGGGGACAUGAAGGACUUUCCACCAAGCUUCCUGAGCAUGGACGUGGACGGGCGGGUGCUCAGAUUUGACUCCUUCUCAAAAGUCCUGAGCUCUGGACUUCGGGUAGGCUAUGUCACAGGACCCAAGGCUCUUGUGCAGAGGAUUGUUCUUCAUGCUCAGGUGUCUAUCCUCCAUGCCCCUGCCAUGUCCCAGGUGUUGAUAAGUGAAUUGCUUGAGCUGUGGGGCGAGGAAGGAUUCUUCAAGCACACCAAGGCAGUUCAGGACUUUUACUUCCAGCAAAGAAAUGCAAUGGUAGCAGCUGCUGAGAAACAUCUGUCUGAUUUGUGUGAAUGGGCUGUUCCAACAGGAGGCAUGUUUCUUUGGCUGAAGGUACCAAAAGUCUUGGACACAUUGGACAUGAUCAUGAAGCGCGCCCUCGCCAAGAAUGUGAUUGUGGUGCCCGGCAAUGCCUUCAUGUGUGACAACGCCAAGCCAUGCCAGUACAUGAGGGCAGCCUUCUCUCUUGUGACACCAGAGAAAAUGGACAAGGGGCUAGAAAAUUUGGCAGAGUUGAUUCGUGAAGAAAUAGCUCAGCAGGAAAGCAUCUCCAGCUCCUAAUACUGUGUGUGAGUUUUAUAUGGCAGCAUUGUAGUUUGAGAGAUGAAUUGUACUAGAUUGAUGCUAUGGUAGCUACAUAUUUUGUGUACUGACUACUAGGACUUUAAUAAAUACAAUAUUUUAACAUAUAUUCAUAUUUAAUCCUUUCAAAUAUAAGAAGACUAGUCAUUUGCAUUUUUUGUACAUUUUUAGCUGAAAAUUAAGAAUGUUAAAGGUGUCACUCACUGGAGAAACCCCAGGAUAUCAAACAGCUGGAAGCAUCAGUCUAAAUACUUCAUGUUGGGCACUUUUCCUUCCUCCUCUUUGUUGUGCUGUUGUCCCCACUUUCAAAUGUUCAAAAGGUACAGACGACUUCACUCCUCCAUGGCUUAGUGAGUGCUGCCAAUCUAACAGGAAGCCCAAAACACCUGCAUAUAUAUCAAGCUCAGAGAACAAAGAGAGGAUAUCAGACCUUGUGUAACCAUAAAAGCACUCACCUUGACCAUUUUUGUGGUAGUAAUAGGCUAAUUUUGGUUUGGGGUGUGGUUUGACUUCUGGUACACUGUAUACUUUAUUGCCUAUCUUGGCCUUUCCUGGCAACUUUCAGUUUGUUCCAGGAAGGUAUUUAGAUUGGUAUAGAUGUUUGAAGUUUAGCAAAAGUGGCUUGACAACACUGGUGUCUGUACAUAAAUGAACCUUGCAUUUGAGGGGUGGACCCAUUACUAUGGUAACAUUGCAGCUACGAUUCUUGGAGUUAAGUAAGCCAUGGAGGAGAAUGAAGUUAUCUGUUCCUGUAGCACAGUAGAACCUAGAAAUAAUGCUUACAGAGUCUUUGUAGGUUCUGGUGUUAGCUCUCAAGCCACUAUACGAGGAGUCACAGCCAUUGAGAUUUGUACACAGAAAAAAUAACUGUCAGAGCAAGAGGAAUGAAUUCAGGAGACAGAGUUCGAAGUGACAAGAUGUGCAUACCGUUAUAUGCAGAUGAUAUAGUAGUUUCUCUUUCUCUAAUUCUUCCAGAGACUUCUGGCACCUAGCCAGAAACAUCUCCAAUUUCAUUUCUUCAUCUUUCCCUCCUCUCCUUAAUCCUGAUGGCAGCACUGCCGUCACAUCUAUCGCUAAGGCUGAACUCUCCUCUCAAACUUUCGCUUAGAACUCAACUUUGGACGAUUCUGGGCAUAUUCCUCCAACCCAUUCCCCCUCUGCCUUCUUUAUGCCUGUUAUUAAGAUUCUUAAAAAUGAUGUUUUCUAUGGCCUCUCUGGCCUCAACCCUCAGAAGGUUUAUGAGUCUGAUGGAGUGCCUCCUAUUGUCAUUAAAAACUGUGCUUCCUUGCUGACACCCUGCCUGGUCAAACUCUUUCAUCUCUGCCUGUCAACAUCUACCUCUCCUUCCUGCUGGAAGUAUGCCUACAUACAUGUGUUUGGAGGCUUACUUCAGUAUAGUGACACUAUUGUUAAUAAAAAUGUACCUGAUCA